GUACCGGUUUACAUUUUUCAUCAAACAAAAAAAAAUUGUUCACCACGAGUCGCAUGACGGACGCAAUGUUCUAGUUUUUAACUACAUUUAAGCGCCUUGCGGAUAUCGUGUUAGUUUAUACGACAUUGUGUAUUGGCUUUUCACGCUAUUCACACUGACUCCAGCUGUCUCGAGAUUUAUAUGCCACGAUCCAGUUUACACUGAGAUAUAGGUAAACACAAACUGUGGGCGAAUUGAUUGUAAGAUCACGUUAAGAAAUAUACAGAAUGGCAUCGUACAAGCUAUAUUAUUUUGAUGGUAGAGGGGCAGCCGAGUUGGCUCGUUUGGUUUUCAAACAGGCCGGAGUUGAUUUCGAGGAUAUCAGAUACACAGGGGAGGAAUGGCCACAACACAAAUCAGAGAUGCCUCUUGGUGCAAUGCCUGUGUUGGAAGUGGACGGUCGGAAGAUAUGUCAGAGUUUGGCAAUCGCGCGAUACCUGGCAAAGGAGUUUGGGCUGUUUGGAUCGAACAAUAUGGAAGCGUUCGUGAUCGAUGAGCUGUUUGAGAUAUUCGCGGAAAUAAUGAACAACCACCUAUGGAAAAUCUUCUAUGAAGAAGACGAAAACAAAAAGGCAGAACUUGCAGAAACCUUUAAGAAGGAUAGCGCUGCAAAAUACCUGAACCUAAUCGAGAAACGACUGAAGGAGAACACGAGCGGAAGUGGCUUUUAUGUUGGGUCGGAAGUAACUGUGGGCGAUCUGCUCCUUUACAAUAGCAUGUACGCCAACCGAAAGUGGUUGGGGCAGUUCAGCGUGGACGUGUACGAGGGCCGACCCCUGCUGGAGGAACACUUCAAGCUUGUUGGGGUGCUGCCAAACAUAGCAAAAUGGGUGCAGGAACGACCUGAGACGGCUUUUUAAGAUUGCAAACAACUCGCCAACAAUUAAAGUUUCGAAUAAAGCGUAGUUUACAGAUGUUUGUUCGAACCGCGGUAGCUUUUGUCACAGUUUAUAUUUGGCCAGAGAUUAUAGUUUGAAAUUUUCAAGAGCCUAUCAGAGGAUGAAAAAACAGCAGCAAAGCAGACAGAAAAUCAUAUAAUGACUUGUCAACCCGAGGCUCACUUGGCAUCUGCAGAAGUAUAACAUCAGUUGUUCAAAUUUUUCAGGUUUCAGGCGAAUUCGUUUUACUGAAGACCAGGUGACAUGUAUAUAAUUAAAUAACACAUCUGACUACGAACAAUUAUCAGAAUAUGUGUUUGUUUGUUUGUUGUCAUAUUGACAUGCCACAAUUUCCUAUUUGUUUGGUAUAAAGAGUUCUUUAUUUUACAAUGACCAAUGAAAUAAAACAUAAAAUCAGUAAA